AGCCUGCAUCUUCUUCCGCAGUCGCCUAGCACGCACUAUACCUCUCUUGUGCCUUACCUUUUUUUCUUUUUUUUAAACGAGCACUGUAGUCUCUCCAUGGACGGCACUUGAUAAAAUCAGCAAGCUCGUCAAUAUCCUUCUGAUUCGUUAGAAUGCACUUGAGGUUUGAAAACUAAAUUUGACAACUUAACAGAGGAUGAAAUAAGAGGAUCAUUGACUGGAUAUGAUGCACAUACCCUUGAUGAAAUAUUUUCUCUUUAUAAAAAACAUUCAGUGUUGAUCGGAUUUUCAGUGAGGAAAGCUACAACAAGGAGAGUUCCAAAAACUGGAGAGCUCAAGGAACAAUACUUUUGUUGUUCAAAGCAAGGAAAAAGAAGGGAAGAAAAAUCAAAAAAUAACGAGGAAUUACCUUUACCAUGUGAAAGCAAACCAAAAAAAGCGUCAAAACAAACAAGAAAAUAAGAUAUUACUAGAACGGGAUGCAAUGCGCAGAUAAGAGUGCAGUUGAACUGUAAUGGAAUGUUUGAAAUUAAGUAUCAUGUUAUUGAACACAAUCAUGAUUUAGCAAGAUUGUCACUGCAACACUUUCAUAGAUCAGAAAGAAAAAUUGAUGAAGAUAAGACACAAGUAAUUGAAGGGCUUGCUUUAUCAGGAAUACAACCAGCAGAUUCAUACAGAUAUAUGUGUAAUGAAUCCGGUGACCCGAAAGUGCUUGGCCACACAUUAAUUGACCACAUGAAUUUUUCAAGUAGAUUGAAGAUGAAAACAAUAGAAGGAAAAGAUUCACAAGCAGUGGUGAAUAUGUUAGUUCGCAGAGGAGAAGAAGAACCAGAUUUUUUUAUCGUGUUAAGUUGAAUGAGAAAAAUCAAGUUAUGGACAUAUAUUGGAGAGAUGGAAUGAUGAAAGAAUAUUAUGAUAUAUAUGGAGACGUGUGUGUGUUUGACACGACCUUCAGAACAAACAAAUACAACUUAGUUUGUGCACCGUUUGUAGGCGUCAACAACCACUGGAGUAAUGUGAUGUUUGGAUGUGCCUUUAUUGCUGAUGAAAAAACAGACACUUUUGUGUGGCUAUUGGAAGCAUUUCUAGAGUCUAUGGGAGAAAAAGCACCUGUAACUAUCUUCACUGAUCAAGAUCAGGCAAUGGCAAAUGCUAUUGAACCAGAGUGAGAGCACAAACAAUGCCAUUGGAUUUAAAGGGAACAAAUCAACUACCCUAACAGAAUUCUUCCAUAUAUUUGGGGCAACAGUAGAUCGGUGGAGGUAUCAAGAAGAUCAGAAUGAGUUUAGUUGCGGAAAUUCAAUGCCUAAAUCAGAUUUUCCAAUGGUUGGAAUGAUUAAACACGCGGCAAGUGUUUAUACCCUCACCUUGUUUCGAGAUUUCGAAAAAGAAUUCAAGUAUGCAAUGGGUUGCAUAUCAACUAUUCAUCACAUGGAGGACAAUUUCAUUGGUUAUAAAGUACAACACGAAUCAUGGCCAGACCACACUGCAAAACAUGUAGCAUUUGAUCCAUCAACCAAUUCAAUUGCUUGCUAUUGUAGAAAUUUUGAAGAAUCAGGAUGGCUAUGUUUUCAUGCAAUUCGAGUUCUACAUGUACAUUCUAUAAUCAAUAUCCCAGAGUGAUAUAUUUGCAAAAGAUGGACAAAGUUUGCAAAAAGUGAAGUAUGGAAAAGAGUGGAACAAAGAGAAGAUAAUGGUAUUGAAAAAAGAAAAAUCACUUCAUACGAGAUGGCAAGAAAUGUUUACAAUUUGGUUCUUAAAUGUCAGGACAGU